AUGUCAAUCAAGCACAACCUGAUUCAGUCACUGGAGAAGUUCACAGAACACACCGUCAAAGAGACAGGGCUGCUCUUUGGCUGCUGGCAGGCAGCCUACGAGGGCGUAUCAACCGAGGCAGAGAGAGUAUUCAGCAUAGGCUGUCUGGUUCUAUCAGUCGCAUUUCUACUGAACCUGUUUUGUAUUGGACUACGGUUCAAGAGGGUGAAUGCAGCCAUAAUAAUGGGACUGGUGCUCUACAACCUCCAUUCGUCAAUAGCAGCAUUCGUGGACGAGAAGGCAAAUGGCGUGAGAGGAGGCGACUUCAAGGAGGCGUACGAUCCAGGGCAGUUCUACGUGAAGACAAUUCAGUCAGUUUUGGGGGAAGAGGGCAUUUUUAAGGGAAACGAGAGAAUAAGCGACGCCGUCAGGCAGAAGAUGAAGAAGAAGAAGAAGAAGAAGGCGGAGAAGAAGGAGGAAGAGGGCGGAAGGAGGGAGCUGUUCAUCUUCCUGGGCUACGUGGCCGUCUCUAUGGUCGCAAUGUGGCUAGUUGAGUCACUGGUUCCACUGGUUCUCCUUCUUCUGGUGGCAGCAGGGGCAAGGGCAUUAUAUGUUAUGCAUUUUAGUGACCAGGAAGCAGGGGCCUACCUGAUUCUGGGGCUCACAAUUCUGGUCUCAUUUGUUCUCUUCUAUUUCGUCUCAUUUCUGGUGGAUGCGGCAGUGGCCGCCCUCUUUGGAUUCAUAGGCGCAUUCUACGGAAUGUGUCUUGCUGCAAUUCUGGCAAACCAGAAGGACUACCUGAAUGAGAUGUGGAUAAACACGGUGGAGUAUACGGAGAACGAGAUGGAGUACCCAGAGGAGUACACGAAGUGGCUGAUUGUUCUGGUUGCGUUGUGGUUCGUUGGAUUCGGACUCAACAUGUUCACUCGCGUGAAAAAGGGUAAGAUUUAA